AUGGUAAAGGUAGUUGUCAAACGGCUGCACCAGUCCACUCCUGCCAAGGACGUCUUAGCGGAAUACGAGUGUCUGAGACGGCUCAACAGUAUUCAUCAUCCCAAUAUUGUGGAAACAAUUGCGGCCUUUCGACUUAAAACAAUGGGAAGUCGGUAUUUCAAUUUCGUCUUCCCAUUGGCUAUCGGGGAUUUGAAACGUCUAUUCGAAGGAGGCCAUGAUAGGAACCGCCAGGUUCUACGCCGUGCCCGCGCUGCCUUAUGGCACCAAUUUGCCGGUCUCGCAAGCGCACUUGCCUAUCUUCACGAGGAGUUGAAGACGGCUCACCGAGAUAUUAGACCGGCCAAUAUCCUCAUCUACUCGCCCGAGUCUGCUACAGAUGCUAGAGGAGAUCUCGUACUGAAGAUUACGGAUUUCGGUCUUGCAGUCGACCUUACUAAAGCAUCUAGUGCCGUGUGGGAUCGGUCCCGCUCCUCCGCUCGGUCCUAUGAUUCUCCAGAAACCCGACGACCGUUAUCGACGGAUAUAGUUACCAUUUCACAGCAACUCUUUGCAGAUGAUGUGUGGAAAAUGGGUUGCGUCUUUACCGAAAUGCUAGCAUUUCUCGUGGAUCACGGUUCUUCCGGCGUUUCUCGCUUCCGGCGUAGCAUUAGAACCAUUGAAGACAAUGUGUCGUCCGACCUUUUCAAUGACACGCGGUUUGACGAUGGCGAAAAGGUUAAGCCUCAAGUCACUGACUGGCUUGAUCAAGUGGCCCGGAAGGAUGAAAGAAGCUGCGAACUAGUGCCCCUGAUCAAGAAAAUGCUGUCCGUUGGAUCUGAGCGCCUAACAGCAAAGGCAGUCUGCUCAGCGUUUCUCGAAAUAGACACUGCGGACAUCCGAUACGACGAUGGGGAUCGAGUCGUGCGGCUCACUCCCGCUGUGCAUGCUCCGCGCCCGACAUUUUUUGACUCCCUCCGCCUUGGCCUAGAAGGAUGGCUAGGACAUCCUGUUGACUGGGCUCCAUUCCCGGCCCCAACCCUCCAGUUGCAGCCAGGCCAAACCCUUGUUACUUGGAAGUUCGGGGGCGAGCCGCUGUCUUUAGCAAUCUCUACAGAUGAACUGCGAGAGUACAGGGCAACAAGUCUCCCCAUCCUCGAAAGUGGCAUCCCUCUCCUGCCGAGGUUCAAUGUAGGGCCUGGGGAAGUCGACGUAGAAGUUUUGCGUCAUCGCAGAGAGCCGCGUCUUCCCAAGAAAGAGUAG